UGAAGGUCGGAGCCAGCCCUCGGCCCCCCCGCAGUCGGAAGGUUAGAGUCGCGGGAGCCCGGGAGGCGGUGGCGGCGGCCCAGGAAGGAACAGCAGCACCCGGGCUCUUCCUCUUGCAGAACUCACAAGGUCUCUUGUAAAGAAAUUUGUAGUCAGAACUUUAUGCUGCAUUUUUAUUCAGGAAAGAAGCAGGAAGAGAAGAGUGUCAUUUCCUAGGAAUCCAGCACUGGAGAAACAAGCUUCUCAGGCUGCAUUUGUGCAUUGUUGCAGUGCCCAGAGGACCUGAAACAGACUCAGCCCUCCUACCCAAGGUGACAUCCAUCUAAGCCUAGGAAGUUUUGUUCUCUUGGGUGUGCUUGAUCUCCACAAUCUCCACAACCUCUGUACCAGCUUGCAUUUGUUCUUACACAAGUGAAGGAGGAAGAUUCUUCCAAGGAUGGUCUCCCAUUCAGAGUUGAGGAAACUUUUCUGUUCAGCUGACGCAGUAUGCUUUGAUGUUGAUAGCACAGUCAUCAGAGAAGAAGGAAUUGAUGAGCUAGCCAAAUUCUGUGGAGUUGAGGAUGCUGUGUCAGAAAUGACACGGCGAGCCAUGGGAGGGGCAGUGCCUUUCAAGGCUGCCCUCACAGAGCGCUUAGCUCUGAUCCAGCCCUCCAGGGAACAGGUGCAAAGACUCAUAGCAGAGCACCCCCCACACCUGACCCCGGGCAUAAGGGAGCUAGUAAGUCGCCUCCAAGAGCGAAAUGUUCAGGUUUUCCUAAUAUCUGGUGGCUUUAGGAGUAUUGUAGAGCACGUUGCUUCAAAGCUCAAUAUCCCGUCAACCAAUGUUUUUGCCAAUAGGCUGAAAUUCUACUUUAAUGGUGAAUAUGCAGGUUUUGAUGAGAUGCAGCCAACCGCCGAAUCUGGUGGGAAAGGAAAAGUGAUUAAACUUUUAAAGGACAAAUUUCAAUUUAAGAAAAUAGUCAUGAUUGGAGAUGGAGCCACAGACAUGGAAGCCUGCCCUCCUGCUGAUGUUUUCAUUGGAUUUGGAGGAAAUGUGAUCAGACAACAAGUAAAAGACAAUGCAGAAUGGUACAUCACUGAUUUUGUAGAGCUUUUGGGAGAACUGGAAGAAUAAUAUCAAUUUUUAUACGGUUCAUAACAACUUCAGGUUAAUUUUUUAAAGUUACACAGUUUGAUACCGUUUGCUUACAAUUGCCUAUUACAACUUAAUGUAUAGAUUUGGUACUGAUUAUCUGUACUUCCAAGUAAACUAUGGAAAAUUGCUCUUUUUUAACUGCAGUCCCAGCAUUAAUAUGGCCAUUAAUUACCUGGAGAGUUUUAUAAUCUGAGUUCUUUAUGUAUUUUCCUAGCGAUAUUUUAUUUGAAACCUUUUAAAGGUGGAUAGUAAAUGAAACACCUUCCCUAUUGGAGAUAUGGGUUAGGCAGCAUUAAGUGAAUGUUGGUUUUCCCUUUGGUAGGUAAAUAAAAGUUCAUCCAUAUAUCAGUACA